UAUUCGCGAUUGGUCAAAGUGUGGAAGCCGGGAUGUGGAGGGCAGCCCUGGUGCGUGGCCUACGAGCGGAGGACGGUGUAUUAUGUGGAAAACAAGCAAGUGUACAGCAUGCAGUACCAGACUGUGUACAGAUGUUGUUCGGGAUGGUCUCAGCUUGGCGGAGACUCCGGCUGCCGUUACCCCGUCUGCAAUUUUGGUGUCUGUUUCAAUGGUGGGAAUUGCGUGGAAGAAGCGCCCCACGUCUGUCACUGCCCUGCGGGUUUCCAAGGUCCCUGCUGCCAAUAUGAUGUGAAUGAGUGUGAAGCCGGGAACGGAGGCUGUGAAUCCCAAUGCUGCAACACCAUCGGUAGCUUCUACUGCAAGUGUCCUGCGGGGUCAAGACUGAAGGACGAUGGGAAAUCAUGUGAAGAUGUUGACGAGUGCCAAGUUCACAAUGGGGGCUGCCAGCACAGAUGUGUGAACACUCUGGGGUCCUAUUAUUGCGAGUGCAAGCCAGGAUCGCGCCUUCACACAGACGGCAGGACCUGUCUCGCCAUCAACACCUGCUCCAUCAACAACGGCGGAUGCGAACACGAUUGUGUGCAGCUCACCGUCUCCCAGCACCAGUGCCAAUGCCGACCCAGCUACCAGCUGAAGGAGGAUGGGAAGCACUGUGUCGUAAGAAACCCAUGUGCCGACCGGAAUGGAGGCUGCAUGCACAAAUGCCAGAAUCGCCGCGGGGUGGCACACUGCGAAUGCCACGCUGGAUACAGGCUGGGGCAUGACCACAAAGGAUGUGAAGAUAUAAAUGAAUGUGUGGCUGGGCUGGCCACGUGCGUACACAAUUGCCUGAACACCCGCGGUUCCUUUAAAUGCACUUGCAAUCCAGGCUACGAGCUCGGGUCGGAUGGCAAGCAGUGUUAUCGAAUAGAAAUGGAAAUUGUGAACAGCUGCGAGACCAACAACGGUGGUUGCUCCCACCUUUGCCGUCACACAAGUUCCGGCCCUGUCUGCGCCUGUAACCUGGGGUAUCAACUGGACGAAGACCAGAAAACUUGCAUUGAUACAGACGAAUGUAGUGCCGGUUCUCACUGCUGCCAGCAGGAAUGUUACAAUUACCCUGGAGGGUACGAGUGCAUUUGCUACGCUGGCUACCGACUGAACACGGAUGGCUGCAGCUGUGACGAUGUGGACGAAUGCUCUUCAAAUAAUGCCGGCUGUGAACACUCAUGCCAGAACUUGGUGGGUUCCUAUCAGUGCAGCUGUCAGACUGGAUACAAACUGGAAGAUGACCGACGGAGCUGUAGUUUGCUUGAAGAAUCGGUAGAGGCCCUGGAUGGUCGCCGGCCUGUCAUUCGGCCCCUCCCCCACGUGGCUAUCCUGCGGGAGGAACUCACCCAGCUCUUCGAGGAUGAGUACGACGAGGAAGAGGAGGAGGCAGAAGCCAGGGGGGAGCACACCCUGUCUGAGAAAUUUAUCUGCUUGGAUGACACUUUUGGCCAUGAUUGUAGCCUGACCUGCGACGACUGUCAAUACGGGGGGAUAUGCAACGAGGACCGGACCGGCUGUGACUGUGCGGACGGUUGGAGUGGAAUCCUCUGCAACCAGACCUGCCCAGAGGGCACGUUUGGCAAGAACUGCAGCUUUACCUGCCUCUGCCAAAAUGGAGGCACGUGCGAUCCAGUGACGGGGGCCUGCCGUUGCCCACCUGGAGUCAGUGGACAGCUGUGCGAGGAUGGAUGCCCGAAAGGAUUUUUUGGGAAGCACUGCAGGAAGAGGUGCAACUGUGCCAACAGGGGGCGCUGCCACCGGGUUUACGGGGCCUGCCUCUGUGACCUCGGCUUGUAUGGGCGGUACUGUCAUCUAGCUUGUCCAAAGUGGGCCUAUGGGGCAGGCUGCUCCGAGGAAUGCCAUUGUGUGCAGCAGAACACCCAGGAGUGUGACAAGAAAGACGGCACCUGCUUGUGUAAAACUGGUUACCAUGGUAGAAAGUGCCAGACAAAGUGUGAUUCAGGCCAUUAUGGUGCCGGGUGCAGGAACAAAUGUGAUUGUCCUUCUGGGGCUCCUUGUGACCACGUGAGUGGAGAGUGUCAGACAGAAUGUGCGGCGGGCUACCAUGGGAAGAACUGCAGUCACGAAUGUACCAAAGGGAAAUACGGGGUGAACUGUUUGCAGACUUGUUCCUGUAAUGGCUCGCCAUGUGACCGGUUCACGGGGAAAUGCCAGUGUGUGGCUGGGAAGACUGGAGUGGACUGUGGCCAAGAUUGCCCUGAAGGUCACUGGGGACAGGGAUGCCAGGAAAUCUGCCCAGAGUGUGCCAAUAAAGGUCGCUGUGACCCCACCAUGGGUGUCUGCAGGUGCCGUCCUGGAUACACAGGCAGCCGCUGCCAAGACGUGUGUCCCCCUGGCUGGUUUGGGCAGGAUUGCCAAAUGCCCUGCAACUGCGGGAACAAAGGCUACUGUCACCCAGAGUUGGGGAAGUGCAGCUGUGCUCCGGGAUGGACUGGCUACAACUGCCAAAGAGCCUGUGACGUUGGCCGCUGGGGUCCUGAUUGCGUUCACGCCUGCAACUGCAGCAACAGUGACUGGAGCUGCAACCCUGUGACGGGACAGUGCGUCUGUGAAGCUGGCUACACGGGGGCCCGUUGUGAUGAGAAGUGCACCAAAGGAAGUUUCGGCCCAAACUGCCGGCACCGGUGCCAGUGUGAUCACGGAGCCGCCUGCGACCACGUCAGCGGGGCCUGCACCUGCACUCCUGGCUGGAGGGGGACCUUUUGCGAGCGCCCCUGUCCAGACGGGUUUUACGGGGUGGAAUGCCGGGAGGCCUGCCAGUGCCUGAACGGAGCCCGCUGUAAUCCCGUGACGGGGCGCUGCCUCUGCCCGGCUGGCUGGAUUGGCCCCAACUGCAACCAGACUUGCCCUCCUCACUGGUACGGGAAGAACUGCAGCCAGGAAUGCAGCUGCUUCAACAGUACCACCUGCGACCACAUCAGUGGGCAGUGCCUCUGCGCACCUGGAUGGACAGGAGCUGCCUGCGAGCAAGGGUGUCCAGAUGGUUUCUACGGGACAAGCUGCCAGCAUCAAUGUCUGUGUCAAAAUGGCGGAACGUGUGAUCCUGUAACUGGGCGUUGCAAAUGCCCUGAAGGAUGGAUUGGAUUGGCCUGCGAGCUGGAAUGUGCCCAAGGAAAAUACGGGGUGGACUGCAAGCAAAGCUGCAACUGUCUGAACGGAGGGCUGUGCGAGCGACAGUCGGGGCGUUGCCUUUGCCGCACGGGCUGGACAGGAGAGAGGUGCCAAAUCCCUUGCCCAGAGGGGACUUAUGGGGACCAGUGCAAGAAGCAGUGUGACUGCGAGAAUGGCAUCUUGUGCCAUCACGUCACAGGGGCUUGCGACUGCCCACCAGGGUGGAGAGGGCGUCAUUGUGAAAAAGCCUGCCUGCCCGGUUCGUUCGGGAAAGACUGCGCCUCCAGAUGCGACUGCCCUCCGGGACUACCCUGCAACCACAUCACGGGCGAGUGCGGCUGCCCCCCGGGGUUCACGGGCCACGGAUGUGAGCAAACCUGUCUGCCAGGGACUUUUGGGCCAAACUGCGGCAGGAUUUGCCGGUGCGCAGGAGUGAACCACGACUGCCACCCAGUGACCGGGGAGUGUAUCUGCGCGUCGGGAUUCUUUGGCAGCAAUUGCCGGCAAAGAUGCCCUUCCGGGCGCUACGGCCCAAACUGCAACAGGCAAUGCAGCUGCAAGAACGGGGGGCGUUGUGAGACCACCACAGGGGUGUGCCUGUGCCCCGCGGGGUACGUGGGGGCUGACUGCAGUACCGCUUGCCCAGCUGGUCGUUAUGGCACCGACUGUGCACUCGUGUGCCCCUGCGGUGAUGGUGCCACCUGUCAUCCCGUGACUGGUUCCUGUGCUUGCCCUCCAGGGAGAACUGGCCCCCACUGCGAACACGGCUGUCAGAAGAAUCAAUACGGGGCUGGCUGCCAGCAGACAUGCGCCUGCCGUAACGGGGGGAUCUGCCUUUCAACCAAUGGCUCCUGCCUGUGCGGACUCGGGUGGACAGGGAGAUUUUGCGAACUCGGAUGCCCCCCAGGGAAGUAUGGGGCCGACUGUCAGCUGAGCUGCCCCUGCCGAAAUAACAUGACCUGCGAUCCAGUGACGGGGACAUGCCACUGUGACAAAGGAUGCUACGGGACCUUGUGCGAACACCCCUGCCCAACUGGUUUCCACGGAGCUGGCUGCCAGGAGGCGUGCGAUUGUAUGAACGGAGCAACGUGCGACCCGGUGACCGGUGAAUGUGUUUGUCCUCCUGGCUUCUACGGUGACCGAUGCCAGACAGGCUGUGAGGAGGGAAAAUUUGGUGAUAAAUGCCAGCAUCGGUGUGACUGCGGAAACGGCACGCCGUGUGAGCCAACCACCGGGACCUGCCUGUGUCCUCCGGGGAAAACCGGCAGCAAGUGUGACGUGGAUUGCCCGCUGCAGAAAUUUGGCCCCGACUGCACUCUGUCCUGCAAGUGCUCCGUGACCAAUGCGUAUUGCAACACCGGCAACGGACGAUGUGUUUGCCUAAACGGAUACAUAGGGACGAUGUGUCGAGAAGUCUAA